UAGAAAAAAUCUCGCAUAAAAACUAAAAUUUUCAAAAAAAAUAUAUAUAUUGCAAAAUUCAAAAUUUUGAAAAUAUUUAGCAAAAUUAUUAUCAACAAAAAGUCUACGAAUGUUUCGCACAUUUUAAUUUCGGUAAUCCAGACAAAAUUCACAGUUUAUGAAGGCUACAACAAUAAAUGUCAAGCCGCGGCGAAAUUAUACAAAUUCAUAUUGGACAAGCUGGAGUACAAAUAGCAAAUGCCUGUUGGGAGUUAUAUUGUCUCGAACAUGGAAUCAUGGCAAAUGGCGCACUGUGUCAAAUGCCGAAUGACGAUUCGUUUCUCACAUUUUUCGGCAUCUCAGGCAUGGCGCUAAAAGUGGUGCCACGCAUUGUGAUCGUCGACACGGAGCCAACUGUUAUUGAUGAAAUACGCACGGGCGCCUACAGAUACCUCUUUCAUCCGGAUACACUCAUAAGCGGCAAAGAGGAUGCAGGCAGCAAUUUUGCACGCGGCUACAAUCUACUGGGUCACGAUCUCAUCGAUCGCACGAUGGACGCUAUACGACGAGUGGCAGAGCAGUGUCGGAAUUUACGUGGUUUUCUUAUAUUUCGCGCCAUUGGUGGCGGCACCGGUUCCGGUUUCGGCACGUUGUUGCUGGAAAAGUUGGCCGAUGCCUAUGGGAGGAAGACUACGAAGGCUGAGUUUCUAGUAUUUCCAUCACCCUCACUUUCGCCUAUUAUUGUUGAACCGUAUAAUGCCCUGUUGGCCACACACUAUUCCAUGGACUAUGUGGAUGUGUCCUUCAUUGUAGAUAACGAAGCUUUGUAUGAAAUCUGCGAUACGAAGCUUGGUGUUUCAGCGCCCACAUAUACCAAUUUAAACCGUAUUAUAGGACAGGUUGUCUCCGCAUUCACAGCGUCGCAGCGUUUUUAUGGCACAAACAAUGUAUCCUUUGAGGAGUUCCAAACAAAUCUUGUGCCUUACCCACGCAUACACUAUCCAUUGCUUACAUACGCGCCGCUGGUACCAGUCAGCAAGUUUCCCUAUGUGAACAGUAAUGUUGAACAACUGACCCAGUCCUGCUUCCAUCCGGGCAGUCAAAUGGUGCGUUGUAAUCCGACGCUCGGCAAGUAUAUGGCUUGUGUGCUCCUUUACCGAGGCGAUGUUUCACCGAACGACAUCAACUCCUCCAUCCAACAUAUUAAAUCAUCACGUACUGCUCGUUUCGUGGAUUGGACGCCGACUGGGUUCAAAAUAGGCGUUAAUGCCAUGCCGCCGGUGUUUGUACCGGGCGGCGAUCUAGCCCCUACAUCUCGUGCCGUCUGUGCGAUUUCCAACAAUACCAUCAUUCGCAGUGCUUGGUGUCGGCUGGUUAGUAAGUAUGAUAAAUUGUACAAUCGACGUGCCUUCGUGUAUCAUUUUGUGGGAGAGGGCAUGGAGGAGGGCAGUCUGUCGGAAGCCUCGCAAAACGUUUGCCAGCUCGUGGCUGACUAUUAUGAGGUGGAAUCAUCAGCACGCAGUUCAGUGACGCAAGACGACAAUGACAAUUAACAUUUUUUGCUCGUAAACAGAACACAUUAUAUUAUUUAAAAACCUUUGUUCUAAACCCAAAAAAAAAAAAAUAAACGUAAAUUGAUUAGUACUGAAAUGUAUAGUGAAA